GACGGCAGACAAAGAGUGGCAGGUGUCCUUCGAGCGCUGCUGAUUGCACAGCUGAUUGUAUCACUGUGUAUGGUCAUCUUCUGCUACAAUACUUCUAUGAAGGUCUUGCUGCUUCUAAGAAAUAUACAUAAGGGGUGCGUUCUCCUCCUGUACGGACUGAUCCUACUCCAAGCGUAUUGCAUGAAACUCCACUACACAAGUGGCCUGCGUCUGUUGUCGUGGUUUCUACGCAGCCCGCACUGGGAGCGGGUGUCGAUGCUGUCGCGCUUCUGGAUGAUCUCUGGAAGCUGCGUCGCUGUUAAUGGCUUGCUGGUUUAUGCUGCUUGCCGGUGUACACUGAAGGAUCUAAUGAAAGAGUUGUCGUCCUCACUCCGGAUAGGCAUCUCGCAAUAUCUAACUGAACCCAUGUGGAAAAGGUUGUUGGAUACAAUGCAGAUUGAACUAAGUUGUUGCGGAACAGAGAAGCCGAGCGACUGGCACGAAACACCCUGGAUUAACAUGGACUUCCUAAACGAAGAAUCUGAAAUUGUUAUGAAAUUAGCUGGUGCCGACGGCAAAGUGCUUCCUCCUGUGUCGCCUUUCUCGUGCUGCACACCGAGGGUACUUGCCGCUUGCUACCACGACCCUUUACAACAGGCAGAGUGGCGCGAAGUGUGGUCAGGUGGGUCUCCUCUGCCCUCAGCGUCGCUGCACACGCGUGGCUGCGUCGAAGCGGUGCGGCAGCCGCUCACGAAAGCCUUGCUUGGACUGCAGCUCUUCAACGUGCUCGUCUUUUUGUUCCAAAUAAUAAUAGUUAUAUUGACGCAGCUGCUGCGGCGCAGUGCGCUCGACGCUGUGCUCAGCGGCGACUGGGACGGCGAGGGCCGCGGGUACCUCUUCGGCCGGCUCAAACCCAUUGCCGAGCCGUCUUAUAGGAUACAACCGCUGAAAAUCCGUGCGUUGACAGUGCAUCGCGCCUUGCCGCCGCGCCGGCGCCGGCGCAUCAAAAGGGCGCCCGUCCCUAUGGCCUUCAACUAUGCCUACUUGUCCUAGCGAUAAUGGAUAUAACCAUAGAACUUACAACGUAUUUUGUACCAUACUGUAAUAGUUUCAGGAAAUUAUUCAUACUGUAAUAAAUUACAUAUAAUCUAACUGUAAAUAAAACGAUGUACGUAAUCAAU